AUGAUUUUAUUUUGCAUUGUCAGUCUAAUAGUAAUUGGAAACUAUGGAACGGAGUCAGCUUAUAUUGAUUUUCUGUGUCCGGACCCUGAGCCGAUAGUCAACGGAUCCCACAAUGGAGAUUGUAUAGGAAGCUUCCCACCCGGGGUGAAUGUAACUUAUGCCUGUGACUAUGGUUACGGGAUGGAAGGCCCGAAAUCGAGAAUUUGUCGGAUAAUAGAGCCAUCGGACCCGUAUUCGAGACCCAUAGCACGAUGGGAGCCGCAGGAACCACCCGUGUGCAAAAGACUUAUACCAUGCAGAGUUUUUUGCUUUGGUCACGCUGAGUGUUUUAUUAAAGAUGGUAAAAUGGCGUGUGCAUGUCAACCGGGCUCAUUUUGGACUCCGAUGUUCAAUUCUUGUCAAGUGGACAGCGAGAUUUAUUGCCAUAUUAUUUUCUCCGCAAAACCUUACGUGAAAGAAAUAGUUGACAAUGUCAUCGAAACCUUGCAGAAAAAGGGCAUUGAACAAGCGGUUUUGGAACUGGUGUCCCACAGAAAAGGGAUUAGCCGUUGCUUUUCAACGAAAGAGAAAAAAGAAAACACAGCCGAAAUUGAUAAAGUCGUCAAAGUAUGAUAUCUAGCGGACAUAAACUACACUUAGCGAUCAUCGUUUUCCUUCGGUCCAUCAUAGACGAAGAACAAUCGAAAGCUGAUAUGAGUAAAGUGAUGGAGGAAAUCGAAAAUGACCCAAAAUAUACAAAAAAUGAAAAAGAUCUGAUCAAAGAACUACACGACCUUAUAGGCCGUAAAUGUUUAAAACAUGGUGUAUUAAUAAGAGACCCCCAAAAUUCUAGAAAUUUUUUU